GAUAUGGGCGGGGGCGUUGCCAUGGUUCCCGUCAUGGCGUUUGGAUGCUAAGGAAAGUAAAGUAGAAAGCAUAGUUUUAUGUACGUGUGAUAAAAUGCGUGGGAAUCGCGGGCCAUUAACUUUGAGGCUUUGGUGAAAUGGCUUAUGACUCCCUUCCUCUUGACGUCCUAGAAAAGAUAAACCAUGUCAGUUACUGGGUUUCCCUCACCGCCUAUGGAGCCAAGACCUCCAGGAAGAAGGGGACUGGGCAGUCGAAGCUUGGUGCCGUUGGGAGAGAACAGUACAGAAAAAUGUGGGACCCCUGAGCAAACCCAUUCUGGCACAAUAUCCCAGCAUAAAGACUACAUCCCAGAAGAAAUUCUGCAAAUUUUGACUUCUGCUACUAGUGCUUCCCACAAACUGGAUUUGGAAACUCGGAAAGAUGCAAAGGUGUGUCUUCGUUCUACUGAUAAUGCUUGGCACCACCAGCUCAGAAGGAGCAAGUUUAACCACUUGAUUGAGCAGCCAGUCUGUCUUAAAGGAGCUGGGAGGGACAUUUCCUUCCUCUGUGAUGUUAUUCUUUCAGAUAAAAGGAACAGAUCAGUAACAUCCUUGCAGCCCAUCAGCCAUAAGAAUGACACAUCUAAAGAAGAAGGUAUUCAGGAGAGUCUUGUGCCAGAAGAAUACUAUAUUGUCAAGAAUAAAGGCAUUUUAGGACUGGAAUAUCACGAGGACAAGUAUACAACCCUUCUAAAAGAUGAUGAGAAGAAGCUACGUCUCUUCCCCUCCUUGAAACCCAGUGGAAGAUCAGAGGUUCUUCAGCUGAUAAAGGUGAUGGACAGCAUGUUGAAGGAUGCAGGAGUAGACGAAGACCUUAAACUGGAAGGUCCAACUCCGAUUCAUAAUCUGCUGGAAUUGCUUAAGGCCGAGCAGAACAUAUACAACAUUGUGUUUCAUGAAGUUAUCCGUCAAGUCAGCGUGGAGUGCGUGGAGAGAGGGGAGCUGCUUGCUAAGCUCAGACAGCGCUAUGCAAUGCUGUUUGACAAAAUUCCCCGUCAGGUGCUAAGCCUGUACAAUGACCUUCUGGCACAAAGAGCACUGGACCGAUGCCUGACUAAGGAAAUCAUGAAUUUCAAGAACUCCAUUGAGGAUAUGACCAAUGAGCUGUACCAGGUAAGAGAGCAUGACCUGCGAGUGAGCAGAGAUGCAAACCAAGCACAUGCAGAACUGGCUAAAGCUCUAAGCGAGGCAAAGAAGAAUGCAAAUAUCCUAGAUGAAUACCGGGAGCUGUAUGAAUUACAGAGAUCUCGCCUGGAAAAACAUCUUGUUGACCUAACUGAAGAGAGGGAUCUCUGGAGCUCUGCAACAUACAUGAUUGCAAGCAAGGUAAUUGAAAGGAACCAACUACAUUUGGCUCGAAAGUUGUGUAUGUGUGAAAAGACCUGGACAAACAUUAUAAGGCAUUUUAUUGUGAUGUUGGCAUCAACAAGUGCAAAAGACCUUAUUCAAAUCCAGCAAAUAACAGAGAGCUGGAGAGGACAUAUGGCACAUUUUGACCAAGAUGUGCAACGUAAUGAAGAGUCGAACCGGGAGAAACUGCGGUUGAUCCAAAAUGACCUGGACAAAUGGCAACAGCAUUUCCAGGAGAAUGUCUUCGUACAUGAGCGUUUUGAAGAAAUACGUGAAGAUGUGAUUGAGUCAGUAUCCCAGGACCUCAGGAAGUGGGACAGUAUGCUAAAUGAAGAACUUCAGCAGUUUGAGGGGUGUCAACUUCUAAGCUAUCAGGAAUCCCUCAGCACAGCCUUGGACAUUCAAAAGCAGUGGACUGAGCUGGGCGAGAAACUACUUAGAAGGCAUCAAAGUUCAGAUAAAGAUUUGCCUCCUGAAGAGAAAGCCUUGGUAGAUAUGAAGGGCAAAAUACAGCAGCUCUGUGAGCAGUACAGGAGGAGGAUUGAGGGAGAAAAUGGUGUUGCAGACGCUCUCAUGGCAUUUUCAAAUAGCUUAAAGGAGUGGACUUUGCAUAUGUCUGCACUUAAAGGUACUCUACAUGGAAUAAGAGAAUGUGAUUGGAGUCACUUCUAUGACCUUAUUUCUGAAUGGAGGAACCUUGCAUAUAAAAUCAUGGGGCUAAUUGGUGUUCAUGAAUUAAAUGAGGAAAACGGUUCAGAAUCAGGUGAAAGAGUGGUGCUGGAAGAUAUAUUCAGGAAACUGCAACAAUGGGUUCUUGCAAUGACAAGCGGAACAGAGAGGGAUGAUCAACAGGUCUCCAACGAGGUAAAUACCCUGCAUUCAGCAAUGGUGCUUCUUAUGGUGAAUGUGCUUCUCCAUCUGACUCCUGAUUACCCACCUGAUCUCUCUGAACUAAGUGUUGCUGCUGUGUCUUUGGAGGAAGAUUUUACCCAAGCUACUGUACAGAAGAUGCAAGAAGAUGCACUGCGUUUGUCAGUAAAGUUGAAACAAUUCUCCUGCUUCAUUGUUGGCUGUUGCCAGGAAAUGGUGGAGGACAUUUCUAUUCACAAAACAACACUUAUGGAGGAAGAUCCUGAUUAUGAGUUGAAAGAGUUAGAGACAAUUAAGAAUUCAUGUAAUGAGUGGAUUGAGACUUGCCAGCUUCUCCUCUCUGAAAUCACUAAAAAUUCAGACCUGGCAAUGACAUCACAAGAUCAGAAUGGCAGCAGCUUUGCGGAAGUCAGAAUAAUUCAAAACAGAGGGAUAGACUCAAGGGAUGGAACAGAGCUUGAUGAUAAUAUUCCAGAAGAGAUUGUAGAAGUAGAUCAUGUGGCCAUGCCUGAGGAAUGUGGAACUGCUCUGCCAUAUGAAAUCAUUAAAGAUGGUGACAUCAAGGAGGAUAUCAUUCCUGAAAAUGGCAAAGCAGAAAAAAACAUGAAAGACCGAACCCCAGAUGAAUCCACUUUGAAGGAGGAAAUGAUAAUCAUUUGGCAUGAUGGUAACAUACAUAGAAAAUCACUGAAUGGAGACGAUAUUCCUGUUCCCCUUGAGAGUGUUCUGGCAGGUAGCAGAUCUGAUACUUCUAAAUCUGUCCAAGCCUUUGACUCCUUGAGGUCGCUGGAGUAUUUAAAGCAGCGUCUGCUGAAGGCAGAACUAAGAGCACAAAAGGCAGAGGGAAGGUCAGAGGCUCUGGAUGAGCAGUUGAAAGCAGCUUUAUUAAAGAUACAGGAACUGGAGAAAACCCCAAAACCUGUUGAAACAGAGGAAACACCAAUUCACAUAGAGGCUACAGAAGAACAAUCUAGUACCUUGCCUCAUCCAAAGAAGAAGAGACCAAAGUCUGUCAAGGACAAAGUUCAAAAAUAAGGGCUGCAGUAUAAUAUGACUUUAAAGGAGAAAGAAAGCUACUGAAUGUUUUAUUGCCAAUAGAUCAGUCACAAUAGUACAAUCUAGAACUCUAUAAUUAUUUUGCAGAAUGCUUUACCAUACCUGACUAAACAGACCAAGAAGCUCCAUGUUUAUUUAAGAUAGCAUCUGCCAUUUUAGCUUGGUCUGACUUCACUUCCAUGCCUGCAUCUCUGUGCUCUGGGCUCAGAUUACAGCAGAGAGAGGAGAGGGGAGGAGGAAAAUGGAAGGGUAGAGAUAAGCAAACUGAGCUGGCUAUUAUCAUGCUUUGAAGGAUUUUUCUGAUAGAAGGAAGUCUGAUACACAAAAUCAUUUAUACAGAAUAGAAGGAAAUACAUGUGGUGUUUCUUUUUACUGAGGACUCAGAGCAGCAGUUCUGUAAGUGUUUUUGGAUGUAUUAACAUAGAUCUUUCUGAUACAGCUUACUUAGUUUUUACCUUUCCUUUAACUGUAAUCAUGCUGUAUGACUCUGUUUGCCUUUUCCACCAGUAUAUUAAUUAGUAUACUGUAUUUGGUUAACUUUGAGUCAGUUUUAGGAGGACAUGUUUUGCAGUAAAAUAAAUCUUCUAUGCAAAUAUAA